CCCAGUGGCCGAGCUGUCGUCAGCACCAUGCCUGAUCGACUCAUCAUCGCAGAGAUGGUGUGUGGCAGUGUGGUGUGGAUGCUGCUGGUGUCUCCUGGUGCCCUGAAGGCUCCCCUGUUGGCCUGGGCCCUGGCGGUCUCCACCUCCUGCUCCCUGCUCUCCACCCUCUGGCUGCUCCUCUUCUGCUGCGGCUGCAACACCAGCCGCCUCUGGCUCAUAGCGGAUGCUGUGUACCAUGUGCUGGCUGCGCUGGCCUACCUGAGUGCAGGUGUGUGUCUGGCCAUCAUCACCAAUGCGCUGGCGGCCCACAAGCACAUCAAGUGGGCGGGGCAUCGGCACGGGGUUGUGGCCAUGCUGUACCACUACUUCCUUGCUGCUACGGUCCUGGCCUUCCUGACCACCCUGCUCUACAUCAUCCAUGCUCUGUACUCGGUCAAGCGAAGCCAGAGAGCCCCGUACACUGCUAUUUAACAAUUUAGAGC